AUGAUCGACAGCGUUGAGAAGAAAGAGGUGGGCCUCAAGCACAUGAUGAAAACGGUCAUCCGCGACAAGCGCAAGAUUGAAGAGACCAUCAUCAGCCUCGACGAUUACAAGAAAAAGGCGCUGCACAAGACCUGGAGCAAGGUCAAUGCCGACUUUGGCCAGAUCUUCUCUGAGCUGCUGCCCGGCGGCAGCUUUGCCAAGCUGGACCCGCCCGAGGGCAAGACAAUCAGCGACGGCCUCGAGGUCAAGGUGUGCCUGGGCAAGGUGUGGAAGCAAAGCCUGACGGAGCUCAGUGGUGGCCAGCGGUCGCUGAUUGCCCUGUCUCUGAUCAUGGCGCUGCUGCAGUUCAAGCCAGCGCCCAUGUACAUUCUGGACGAGGUGGACGCUGCGCUGGAUCUGUCUCACACACAAAAUAUUGGUCGUCUGAUCAAGACGCGCUUCAAGGGCUCGCAGUUCAUCGUUGUCUCGUUGAAGGACGGCAUGUUCCAGAACGCCAACCGCAUCUUCCGGACACGGUUCAGCGAGGGCACCAGUAUGGUGCAGGCUCUGACGCCCGCCGAUUUACGGUAG